AUAACAUCAACAGUCUCGAAGGUUAUCUGAGAAGACAUUCCUCAAUGUAUCGGUGACUUGCAUGAGGCCACGCUCUAUCACCUGUGCAGCUGCUAAUCUUGUCGAAUUAUUACAGUGACCACAAGUGCGGGGACGGACAGCAUCAAUUUGCACGACUGAUGGCGUGAUCGCACCGCAUCAACUCCUUCGUCGAUUGCCUUUUUAUCACUAUCACCUGUCAAACCACCAACAACAAUUGCAAGCAUGUCUGGGCUCAAUAACUUUCACGAGGGAACCACGCAGCCAUUACUCACCGAGCAGAAUGCAAGAAGCUACGAUGCAACCGCUCAAGAAAACCCGGCAGGGGAAGGUCCCCAACCACGCGCGUUCAAGCGCAACUUGGGCACCAUUGAAGCGUUCGGCAUCAUCAUCAGCAUCGUGAUCGGCAGUGGAAUCUUUACCUCUCCGGGUUCAAUCGAUACCAACGUUCCCUCGCCCGGAGUGGCCUUGGUGGUAUGGCUCGUGGGAGGUAUCCUGGCCUGGACGGGCGCCACAACAAUGGCAGAGUUGGGCACCGCGAUUCCGGGUGAAGGUGGUGUGCAGCCGUAUCUGCAGUAUAUCUUCGGUGAUCUCUGCGGGUUUCUGGCGGCUUGGACGUGGAUCAUCGCCGUCAUGCCCGCGACGCUGGCCAUCCUCAGUAUCGUCUUUGUCGAGAGCAUCUACUCCGCCGCCGGGGUGACUGACCAGGCUGCCGCGCUGUCGCACAAGCUGUUGUCGGUUUUGGUUCUAGUCGUUGUCAGCGUUGCCAAUUCGAUUAGUACCAAGGUCAGCACCCGGCUCAAUGGGUUCUUCGUCAGCACCAAGUUCGUCACGAUCGCUGCGAUCGUACUGGCUGGCCUGGGUGUUGUUGUUGCCCAUCUGGUCAAGUCCGAUAGUAGAAGUGGGUCGCAAGACUGGUUUCGCAACCCGUGGUUUGGCUACCGCGACACAGUCACUCCGGACGGAAAGGUGAUUGACUGGCAUGAUGUGGCGGGCUGGGAGAUGCUGGGGUACUACUCGACUGCAUUGUAUGGUGCGCUAUGGGCGUACUCUGGAUGGGAUAAGGCCAUCUACAUCACCGCAGAACUCUCCGCACCAGCACGCCAGCUUCCUUUGGCGAUCAACUCCGCGGUCCCUAUCAUAAUCCUCUGUUUCAUCGCGGCAAAUGCGGCCUACUACAUCCUCCUGCCAUGGAAUGUAGUCUCCACGACAGACAGCGUGGCUGUCACCGCUAUCACGCAUCUCCUCGGCCCGGCAGCCGGCGUCAUCGCAGCAGUACUCAUCUGUCUUGUGGUCGCGGGAUCACUUCUCGGAAACUCCUUCGUCGCAGGACGCAUGGCCGUUGCUGCCGCGAACAGAAACUGGCUGCCGCAAAUCCUUGGAGUCAUCGGCCAUCUUGGCUGGCCUGCCGACUCCCGCCGAAGAACGGACUCAGACGCACCCAUCAACGCCAUCAUUCUCUCGACCAUCCUCCCGAUUUUCUACAUUCUCUUAGGCAACUUCCGUGCUCUGCUCACCUUCAACGGAUUGGGCGAGUACUCGUUCUUCUUCAUGACGGUAGUCGGAGCGAUCCUGCUCCGCUUCCGCGAACCCGACCUUGAGCGCCCGUACAAGCCCUUCCUUGGAAUCCCGAUAGUGUUUGCGUUGGUGAGCGGAUUCGUGGUGACUCGGGGAGCGGUAUUUGCGCCUUUGCAGGCGGUCAUUCUGAUUGUACUGUGGGCAAUCGGCGCUGGAUUCUAUGUUGUUCGCAAGCGGUGGCUGAAGGGGGAAAACGGCUAUGCUACGGUGUCUUCUGGUGAGGCGGACGGGGCGGGUGAGGAGUGAUAGUGCGGGGGAUUUUUACUUAUAAUCAAGUAGAGGUGCAUGCGAUGAACCGGCAAUCUCAUUGAUUGCAUUCAGAGAAUAGUAUGCAUGCGUGGAAGGUAAUGACGCAUGUGAAGUCACAUAGAG